AAGAGACAUACUCGAGGUCCACAGGGAAUCUCUUUAAUCGGUGGAAAUCAUUUGUGACCGCCUCUGGAUUCUCUUUCAUAUGGCAGAAUGUCAACAUGGAUAUUACUGCUCGCUGUGGGUGCGUCGGCCCGUUUUGGACUGUCCAGGGGUCAGCGCUCAGAACCCAUGUUCGCCUCCGUAACUCAGAGUAUUUUCCCACCCGACUAUGAGCACAACCCUACGCAGCUGAACUAUGGCGUGGCUGUGACUGAUGUGGAUGGAGACGGUGAUCUGGAGAUGUUUGUAUCGGGCUACAAUGGUCCAAACCUGGUGCUGAAAUACGACAAGGUUAAGAAGAGGCUUGUUAACAUUGCAGUUGACAACCGCAGUUCUCCAUACUACGCGCUCCGAGAUCGACAGGGCAACGCUAUCGGGGUGACAGCAUGUGACAUAGAUGGUGAUGGAAGGGAGGAAAUCUACGUCCUCAACACUAAUAAUGCCUUCUCGGGGAGAGCCACAUACACUGAUAAGCUAUUCAAGUUUCGAAACAGCCGUUUUGAGGAUCUCCUGAACGAUGAGAUAAAUGAACACAGAGAUGUUGCUAACCGUGUGUCUGGGCGAUCAGUGGCGUGUGUGGACAGAAAGGGAACGGGACGUUACUCUAUCUACAUCGCCAAUUACGCCAGUGGGACCGUCGGCCCGCAUGCUCUGAUCGAAAUGGAUGAAAGUUCCAGCGACCCGUCCAGAGGAAUCAUUGCGCUGUCAAACGUGGCCGAACAAGCCGGUGUGAACAAGUUCACAGGGGGACGGGGGGUCGUGGUGGGUCCCAUCGUCAGUCAGUACCUGCCUGAUAUAUUCUGCGACAACGAGUACGGCCCCAACUUCUUGUUCCGCAACAACGGAGAUGGUACGUUUACGGACGUGGCGGUACAGGCAGGAGUAGACGACCCGAUGCAACAUGGCCGUGGGGUGGCUUUAGCAGAUUUCAACCGGGAUGGGAAGAUGGAUGUCGUCUACGGAAACUGGAAUGGGCCGCAUCGCCUGUUCAUGCAGCUCGGCAACCAUCGCAAGCAAAGGUUCAAGGACAUCGCCUCACAGAAGUUUUCCAUGCCAUCUCCUGUUCGUACAGUCAUCGCAGCCGACUUCGACAAUGAUAAUGAAAUGGAGGUCUUUUUCAACAACAUUGCUUACAGAGGACCGUCAGCCAACAGACUCUUCAGAAUUUCACGAAGAGAACACGGAGAUCCACAGAUCGAGGAGCUGAACGUCGGGGAGGCCGCAGAACCGGAGGGACGAGGAACCGGAGCGGUUGUGACUGAUUUUGAUGGAGACGGACAGCUGGAUUUGUUGGUGACACAUGGAGAAAGUGCAGCUCAGCCCAUCUCUGUGUACAGAGUCACGCAGGGCUCAUCUAACAAAUGGCUCCGUGUGAUUCCACGCACACAGUUCGGGGCUUUUGCUCGUGGUGCCAAAGUGAUCGUUUACACCAAAAGAAAUGGCCCCCACACACGCAUCAUAGAUGGAGGGUCCGGGUACUUGUGUGAAAUGGAGCCGGUGGCUCACUUUGGACUGGGGAAAGAUGUGGCCACCAGUAUGGAGGUGUUCUGGCCAGACGGACGAUCCGUGGCCAGGCCGCUGGAACCCGGCGACAUGAACAAAGUUAUGGAGAUCUAUUACCCUGAACAUGAGGAGGAAGUGACCCCGGCUGCUGAGAUUGAGUGUGGACCAGGAUUUGAAGUCAAUGAAAAUGGCCGUUGCACAGAUCGAGACGAGUGCACACAAUUUCCGUCCGUCUGUCCCCACGAGCGACCCGUCUGCACAAACACCUACGGUAGCUUCAAGUGCCGUGCAAACAAGAGGUGUAACCAGGGAUACGAGCCUAAUGAUGAGGGUACGGCAUGUGUAGCUCAGGUGGCUUAUUUUGGAGAAAAAAGAUCUUCAUCCUCUUCCAAACUCUGGUCUUCCUGUCCUCUUGUACUAACUGUACUCACCGUCUUCAUCGCAUGCUUGUGGGCAUGAAGGGCCGGGAGUCUCUCCGCUCCUGACAUCUCUGUCACCCUGAUUGUUCUCUGUUUCUCAAAGAUCCUAUCUGUCUCACACUGAGGGCUUUGGAAGAUGGUUGUUAAAUGAACUUUCUAUGAACAUUUCACUUUUCCUGUCAUUUCUGCAAUAUCUCAUUUAUAAUCGUGAUCAACAAGAGCCUCUAUGCUUAGCUUUUUUGGGAGCCACAAAAGAUCUCUGUUGUUAGGAAAAACAGCUACAAUGAAUGAAAUCUCUGAUUAAAUAUAAAGCAGUCCUGGUUUUCAUCAUAUUCAUCAACUGUGAUUUGAGAUGAGAUUGUAAUGUGUAUGAUCUUCAUAAAAGGCCUUCUCUCAGCGUGUCACAUGCGUGUAAACAAGCUGUCACGGGUUCAAUUGAGUUCUAGUGCAUUCAGACCUGUAUCACAUCUUGCCAGGAAGCAGCGUGUUAGCAGGUUUUUCAGGAGAGCAUAUGCCCAGCCAUCUGUUUCAUGCAAGGUUACAUUCCUUUAGCAAGAAUAAUACGUUCACAAGAGAUUCAUUCAGCACAGUUUUGACCCUCAAUACUCGUGACUGCAAACGGGAUCAGUGCAUGUUUUUGGCAUGGACGAUUGUUUACACGCCAAAAUUUUAGUCGGAGUUUCUCACACAGCAUUUCACUGUCGUAUAGCACAAUGUUGAACCAGUGAAGGAAUCUUUUUAUGUUAAUACUUGCCGAUAACAACCUGGACAUCUUUUGCUCCAGCUUAAAUAUUGAAAGAAUACUUAGAUUUUCUUGAACCAAUUGGAUUUCUUUAAAUGUGACAUUAUUUUAAAGACAAUCACAUUAUGCUUAUUUCGACAUUGCCAAAAUAAUCAUGAUAUUUGUAGAGUUUAAUUGCAAAAACAAAUAACUCGUUUUUUAAAACAUUUCCAAAAAUUAUGUUUUUUUAUUAUGUUUUGUUUUUGUGUUAGUUGGUUUGAGCUAUUACGUAAAGCUCCAACCUAUGAAAUCUAGCAGCAUCUAGUGGUGAGGUUGUGAAUUGCAACCAACGGCUCACUCCACUGCCCACCCCUCCCUUUUGAAGCACUACGGUGGCUGACACAGGGCUACGAUGUUGUUACGUUUUUGAUUUAUUGCCGAAGGCGAUGACGUAUUAGCGAAAGUCAGUAGAGCAGUUUGUCUGUUAGGGCUACUGUAGAUAGAGAUAGUUAUUCUAAGUUUAUAAAAACAUAACGCUUCAUUACGAAAGGUCUUUAAACACCUCUGAAGACAAAGUUAUGUAUCUUAUAUUGCAUUUCUGACAAUAGAUCCUCCAAAAAAAUACAAACUGGACCUUUAAUCAAAAAACCCCAACUGCAUUUUGAUUGCUAUUCAUUUGAAUGCACAAUAAAAAAUAUUAUUUAAAAUAAUUCAGAGUUAUAGGUUUUUGCAAAUUCACUUUUCAUUUAUAUUUCAUUUGCUGUACUGCCUUUAAUUAUAGCUAAUUUAAUGA